UUCCUAUCUUCUUUCAUCAUUUUGACUGUCUUUGUCAAGAAACAAGACUCAUCCGGGAAGCAGAUUUACAGUUAUUUCUGCGUCAGGAUAGUUUUUGUAUCAUAGAAGAUAAUGGAGAUCGAGAAAAGACGUUCCAAGGGAAGCUUCCUCAGUUUUUUUUAUUGUAAUGGAGUAUCUCGAAAGAAGCUGUUCCGUGCCAGUCCUUGCUUGCCUGGUAAUCAUGUGCCACCAUCUAUACUGUUAAUUAGUCAAUCUCCCAGCUUGCCUCGUCCACCUAUUCAGUCCUGUUCGAAACAUAAGCUGUUCUCUUCCAAGAGUGCUAUCCAUGUUUAUUCUAAAUAUUUCUGGUUAAUUUUAAUUAAUCGUACAGACGGAUUGAAGCAAGCGAAGGAAAAUGUGGGGAACAUGCCAGAAUCACAAUUGAAUACGGCAAAGGUUGGUGAGAAUGAUAUAAAUCCAAGCGGUACAGCAAAAUGCGAUUUCAACUGUGAGCUGUCAGCUAGUAUUGAUAAGGGAUGUGAAACCAAGGCGCCGUGCUUAGUAGCGAGACUAAUGGGUUUGGAUUCAUUGCCCACUUCAACAGUCAAUAAGCUCUCUUUUAUUGCAUCGCGUUCCUCUAAAUCUCUCGUAUCUUCUCGCUGUCAUGAGAAUGAUGUCUACCCCAUGAGAUCCGGGGCACAUGAAACGGAAAACAGGACAAUUGAAACAAGACAGCCAAAGAAUGCAGCUACAAGAGUUCUUGAUUUCAAGCAGAAAUCAGAAGCUGCACAUCAAGCAUCCAUGCAAGAAAAGAUUAUGGAUACAAAUACUGUCAAGGGUUCAAGAUACUCAGAAAACAUUGGUUCUCACUGUAAUUGGAGUAGAGGAAAAUCAACCUUACUUGCAAUACAAGCUAAGGCCGAGGGUCAAUGCGGAGGUACUUUAACUUCAAAUGGUAACAGGGCACAUGAGCAGAAAGAACAGAGUGAGAUUGCAUCCAACCAGUUCUUCAGGACACAGAAACCAAUUUUACAGCAGGCUAUGAAGCAGAGAACAUGUAAGAGUCGUAGUAGCCAUUACAAAGAGCGUGGGCAGAAUAUGCAAAUGCAGAAUAGUGCUACCGUUAAAGUCAGAUCAACUUCAAUAGUCGAACCCAACAAGCCAACCGCACGAAGUUCCACUUGUGGAGCGAGGAAAGUGACAAACAAGAAUUUUGUAUUUGGCAAUGUUAAACCCAAGAGUUCUGGCAGAAGAGCAACUGGUGCCAAAGAGGGGUUUUCACCGAUCAAGACGAAGAGUAAUUCCAUGAGGAAAAGAUAUCCCAGAAGGGAUGUUCUUUCUGCCAAUGUUGUUAAUAGUUGUGAAGUUAAGUCCAUAAAAUGCAAUAUAACAACAGACGGAAGUAUGAAUCAGGAUACAUUAAACAAGGAACCUGGCAAGGAUGUUGUUUCCUUCACGUUUACAUCUCCUUUGAAGAAAGAGUCACAACCUUCGACUCAUACGAACAACGUUGGUGUCAUUGCUCCUGGCUUACAUUUGACAUAUGGUGAUGCUUCAAGUGAACUGUUCGAUGGAAAGACGCAAGAUUUGGCAUCUAGAAUCAACUCACCCGAGUGCAAUCUGGCUACUAGGGUGUCUUCGGCUGUUUUAUUACGCAGUGAAGUUGGCAUCGGAUCUGGGGAAGGAGACAGGAGUUUUGCCUCUGAUCCGCCUGGUGGUGAUCUGCAGGGCAUGCAUAACUGUGGUUGUUCUUCAAACGGUGAUCUGAUGCUUAACAUGAAUCAGCAGCUGCAGCGAUCCAAAGCAAUACGACAACAUAGCAGCGACAACAACAUUGAAAUUGAGUACAGUCAAGGUCUGAAUUCUGGUUUGGUCAGUCAAGCUGCCGAACAAGUAUGUGAACUUUCAUAUUCAGAAGAUUAUAAUCCGUCAAGGAACUUGAAGCUUGAAUGUGUAAAGGAUAUGCUCAGCAAUGAAAAGUUAACGGAAGAAAGUUUUGCACAGGAUCAAACAAUCAGAAGUGAACAGGUCAAAAAGACAAUUGUGUUUGACGUGUUGGAGAAAUGGAGCAGUGGAACAGAAAGCGAUGGGGACGAGCACUUGAAGGUGGAGAGGAAUCUUUUGUUUGACUUUGUGAGCGAGUUCCUGGAGCUCAGAAGAAGCAGAAGGGACAAGGGAAGGGCCCUGGAGAGUCAGAUUUGGUGGGAAGAAGACUUGUGCAGAGAAAUGAAACGAUUCAAAAGCAUGCAAGAGAGCAUGGUGGAUGAGCUUGUGAACAUGGACAUGAGCUCUCCACAUGGCACGUGGCUUCAUUUUCAGACUGAACCCUUCCAUCAGAUUUUACUUUCAGAGAUUGAGUGGGACAUCUCAACUUCUCUCAUCAAUGAUUUGCUUCUUGAAUUGCUGCAUCAUUAGCCCUCUUCGUGUUCGGCUCUCAUUGUUCUUCUAACAUAUACGGGUGACAUCGUUGCACGGUUUUAUCCACCUCAUCGUUAAAUUUAAGGACCAGAAGCUGUUAGAAAUAUAGAAUAAAAAAGUUGAACUGGGACCUCUAUAAAUUAUGAUUUCGUGUAAAGAACAAAGAAAACUCAGAUUUUUUGUUUGGCUUUUGAUA